AUGUCUUCCACUGGCGUUGAGGUGCACGGGUCCGACCUGUUUGAUGAGCACGACCAGAAGCUCAUGCAGCGGAUCAAGUCGCAGUCCGAGCUGAACAGCGACGCGUCGCUCGAAGAGCGCGUGCUGGAGCGGUUCGACCGGUUUCUGGCUAAGCUGGAGUCGCGGAUCGAGGAUUUCGAAAAAUACUUCACCGACUCCGCCCACAAAUCGAAUCAGACCCACUACACCUUUUUUGAGGCGCUGAAGUCCAUCAAGGCCGCGGUAAUUCAGAACCAGCAGCGCAGUCUGCACGCGUUCGGACAGAUCUUGGAUAGGUACUAUGGCAGCUUGCUGGACGAGAAAAAAGAGUACGACUCCACCGACAUGUACGAGAAAAUAUCCACCGGGCUGCAGUUUCUGGACGAGAAAAUCGACCUGUUCGAGAAAACCUUCAACAUCCCGCUGAGCCCGCAGGAGCAUCUCGGACGACUGAAAGAGAAGCUGUACAAUUUCGAUAAAGCCGUGGCUACCGGGUCGAAAAGACUGCUCCAUUUCUAUGAGCUGCCUUUCCAGUGGCGCGAAAACAAAUACAUCAUUUACGGCUACCGGUUCAAUUCGAGCCAUCUGGCUGUGCUGAAGAGCGUCUUUCAGCUCCACAACGAAACUGCCAAUAUCUGGACACACAUAUUCGGGUCUCUUCUCCUCCUGUACAUUAUGCUCAAGCACUAUCCGGCAACCGAGGUCUAUGCACGCUCCAGCUUCGGCGACAAGCUGGUGACCAACUGUUUCUUCCUUGCCUCCAUCAAGUGUCUCAUGUCGUCUGUUAUUUGGCACACCUACGACUGCAUCUCGCAGCUCAAGCUACGCAAAAGAUUCGCGUGUAUCGACUACACAGGGAUCACCGUUCUGAUCACGGCGUCCAUCAUCACCACCGAACACAUCGCGCUCAAGGAGUUCCCGGCCGCAGAGCUCGGUUUCAUCUCAUUUUCCACCAUCGCCGGCGUCGUCGGGGUGCUGUUCACGUGGUCCGAGUUUUUCGACAAGCCCGAGUCGCGGCCCGUCAGAAUCCUAUUUUUCAUCUCGCUCUCGGCGCUUGGGGUCGCCGCCUUCUGCUCCAGUGCCGUGCUCAAGGGCCUCGAGUACUCGCUCCGCCUCUAUUCUCCGCUGCUCAAAAGUUUCGUGUGGUACCUGACCGGAGUCCAGUUCUACGGCACGCUGGUGCCAGAAAGAUGGAGAAACGACGUCAUCGUCGACAAGCUGGACAUCUGCGACGAGGCGAUCAGCGCGCUCGAGAAGUCGGACCAACUGGACGAGUACCUCAACAAAACGCCUGACGAGACGCCGAUGCGCAGUAGUUGGUUGUCCAUGUGGUGGGUCGACUACGUCUUCAGCUCGCACCAUAUCUGGCAUAUAUUCGUGUUGCUGGGCGUUCUGGGCCACUACACGGCUAUUCUGGAGAUGUUUUCUCUCGUAAACUAG